AUGGUGGAGUUCGUUCGGGACUUCGACAUGAAGCUGACAGUGGAGGAACCUUAUGAGUUCAUAGCUCACAUUCAAGCCCAGCUAAUGAUUGACAGUAAAAUCAUUGAAACCCAAGCGGGCGACGAGCUAUUGAAGAAAAUGAGGGAAGGGGCUAAGAACGAUGGGAAGUCUGAAUGGAGAGUCGGCACCGAUGGGGGAUUGCGGUACAGAGGCCGCCUAUGUGUUCCCAACCUCCAGGGAUUACAAGAAGAAGUUCUAAAUGCCGCCCAUAAUUUCAAGUUGGCGAUACAUCCUGUUAAGGCUGAACACCGUCGACCGCCAGGCCUGUUGCAGCCCAUGCUUAUAGCAGAAUGGAAGUGGGACUUCAUAUCUAUGGACUUCAUUGCCGGGUUACCCAAGACUAGAAAGGGGUACGACUCGAUAUGGGUGAUUGUGGACAGGCUAACCAAAUCAGCCCACUUCCUGCCAAUCAAGACUUCUAGCUCCGCCGAUGACUUGGCUAAACUAUAUAGCAAGGAGAUAGUGCGACUCCAUGGCGUCCCAUUGGAGAUUGUGUCGGACCGAGAUACUCGUUUCACGUCGAUUUUCUGGACCCGCAUUCAAGAAGCUAUGGGAGAGAGCUGGGACGAUUGCCUCCCAUAUGCCGAGUUCGCCUACAACAAUAACUUCCAAGCUAGCAUCGGCAUGGUGCCUUAUGAGGCCUUGUAUGGGCGUCCCUGCCGAGCCCCACAUUGUUGGGAGAAAAUUGGCGAGAAGGGUUUGCUAGGACAGGAUCUGGUGCGGAUCACGACCGAAAAGAUUGGAAUUAUCCGGCGCCGCCUCUUGACGGGUCAAAGCAGACAAAAGCUAUGCCAACACAAGGCGAAAGGACUUAGAAUUUGA